ACGUUUGUAGAAUAAGAUGCCUUAAUAGAAAAUCAGCUGUGACGCGCCAUCGUGUGUGGCAAAUUUACAUUAACUUAUAUGUUAAUAGCAAACCCGGACCUUUCCAGGACUAUUACAAGUUAGGAAAUAUUUAUUUAGCAGCUUUUGACGUUUUCUGACAGACGGGAAUACUUGAACUGAACCCGCAUAUUCUCACAGAAUUCAACAACUCUCACGAGUCAACUAUGGCAGAGACGGCGGCAGCUCCAGCCCCAAAGGCAAAAAAGGCGAAGGCACCCAAGAAACCUGCUUCACACCCGAAAUACUCUGAUAUGAUUAAGGCAGCCGUCCAUGCAGACAAAAGCCGUGGAGGUGCGUCCAGACAAUCUGUCCAGAAGUACAUCAAAAGCCACUACAAGGUGGGGGACAAUGCCGAUUCUCAGAUUAAGCUGUCCCUGAAGAGGAUGGUGAGUGAAGGGGUCCUGCGCCACACCAAAGGCAUCGGCGCGUCAGGCUCCUUCAAACUGGCUAAAGCAGAGGACACCAAAAAGGCACCUAAAGUUAAAGCCGUUGUGAAAGCAAAGAAGUCGCCUGUUAAAGCCGCCAAGCCCAAGAAGGUUGCAAAGCCCAAGAAGGUGGCCAAAUCACCAGCAAAAGCAAAGAAAGCAAAAGUGGCAGUGAAGAAAGUGAAAAAGUCCCCGAAGAAAGCGGCACCAAAGCCCAAGAAAGUAGCAAAGAAAACCAAGGUGGCCAAGCCAGCCAAGGCAACGAAAUCCAAGAAGGCCAAAGCUGCGAAACCCAAACCCAAGGCCGCAGCCAAGAAAGCCGCAAAGAAGAAGUAAAUGGACAUUUCAGAGAGACUUAUUAUAAUAAAAGUCACUGUAAAUACUUUGAGGAAAUGUU